UUCUUCGUUUCUGCUUCCAGAACACCGCAUCCGCAUCGCCACGGCUCCUCCGAAAGCGAAGUGCAACGGCCCCCGCUCCUCUAUUCGCGCAAAAAUCGACAAACGGCCCGUCGCCUGCGCCCUGCGCCCAGCGAUGUGCCCGACGACGCCCGAUCGCCGGUAUCAGGCCGGCUCCGGCAAGGCGAGCUGGCGGGAAGAGGCCGUGGCCGCCGGCUCGCUGCGGCAGGUGGACCUGGACCGAGGCACCAACGGAUGGGCCUCGCCACCGGGGGACCUGUUCCACCUGCGCGCGUGCCGGUACUUCUCUGGCGGAGGGGGGAGGCGCGCGAAGGCGCCGUCCGCCGCGGAGUGGCUGCUUCGGCCCGCCGGCGUCGACUGGCUCCGCUCCCACGCGCGGCUCGACCACGUGCUUGCCCGCGACGACAACCGCGUCGCCGCCGCGUUCCGCUGCGCGCGCCUGAGGAAGGACCCCACCGCCCACUUCCUCCUCGCCGUCAAUCUCCAGGUGCCGGGCCGGCCGGACGCGUACAGUGCGGUGUUCUACUUCGCGGCGGAGGCGCCCAUCCCGCCGGACUCGCUGCUCGGCCGCUUCGUCCACGGCGACGACGCGUACCGCAACGCCCGCUUCAAGAUCGUGAACCGCAUCGUCAAGGGUCCCUGGCUUGUCCGCGCCACCGUCGGCAACUACGCGGCGUGCCUCCUCGGCCGCGCGCUCACGUGCCGCUACCACAAGGGCGAGGACUACCUCGAGAUCGACGUGGACAUCGGCAGCUCGGCGAUCGCGAGCGCCAUCCUGCAUCUGGCGCUGGGCGCCGUCACAUCCGUGACCAUCGACAUGGGGUUCCUUGUCGAGUCCCAGUCGGAGGAGGAGCUGCCUGAGAGGCUGUUCGGCGCUGUGCGCAUCGCGCAGAUGGAGAUGGGUGCGGCUAAGUAUGUGGAGCCGCCGCCCGAUGAGGCGAUGCCUGAGACGGCCGGCAAGGCUGGAGCGGGGUUCAGGGUUGGCUCGGCGAAGGUGGCCAAUCAUAGCCGCCAACAGGAACAUGCCGGCGACAAGGUCGGCAGGUCGAUGAGUUGCCAGGAGCGCGAGAGCGGAGGAAAAUAGAUGCGAAAUCCAUCAGGCAGAGAGAACCUACAAGAACUGGAGGAGAAGGCCGAGUAACACAACAUAAAACGCGAAAGCUGGUGCCACGAACAUCCCUUCAUUUGGUUCUGAUCAGAACUUAAACCUGAUCGAUGCGAAGUAGUAUAGUAUUACUUUGAUGAUUCAGUUAGUGACACGAUCUCAGCUUGUCUUGAGUUGCAGCUAACCCCAUAAUUCUCUCAUAGUUGGAAAAUAUUUGGCCUGA